UCGUACUUCAAACUUGGUGUAGAAGAUAAAUAUUCGUUUCGUACCGUCGGCUUUUACUUUUCAUUUGGUUCUCGACUUGCAACGCGUUAUGUUCCCUCUCAGAAACAUUCCUUGCAUCUUUGUUUUGUUCUGGAACAUGUUCCAUGUCAUCAAUGCUAAUUUCAACUGUCCCAAACCAUACGGUUACUUCCGAGACCCCAACAACUGCACUGUCUUCUACCGUUGUGUCAAUUCAUACCCGUAUUUCUUCACGUGUCAAACUGGAGCUGUUUUUGAUGAGAUUCAUGAUAUCUGUACAUGGCCAAUCAAUGUACCCGAAUGUUUGACAGACGAUCAACAUGUCACAACUACACUACCUCCCGAAACCAUUCGGCCGACACGAAGUUCUAUAGGCAAAAAGAUAGUCACAGACAGCAUAGUACUGGAGAUACCAUCCGAUUAUAUAAGCGAUGAAUCGCAAUGUAAAUUCAUCCAGUUGACUCUGAACGUUAUUUUGCAAGCGUUGGUCCAAGGAAGUAGCGUCACUAAAUGCCCGGAUGGAAUAUGCGCCGUACCAAGGAUAGAAGUUGUCUGCAAUACUGAUUACAAAUGAUGGACAGGCCUUUCAAAUUACAGCGAAAUUAA